AGCCAAGCCCUGGACAAGGAAGCCAGAUCUCUAAAGGUGGUGGUGGUGGGAGAGUAUGGGCGAUUUUCCCCAAGAGUGUCUUUGGCCUCCUGUCCCUGCCUCUGUUCUAUGAUUAACCAAAGACUUCCUCACUAUGCCCCUCCUUCUGUCACUUGAAGGCCUGAGUCAUUAUUUUAAUUCUCCCCGAGGACACUGAGUAUCCUUCAGUGCUCUGCUGCUCAGCUCUUCACGCCUUCUUCGAUACGCUGCUCAAUGAUGGCUUUUGGAAUUAUGCUCCUCUUAGGUGUCAUUGCUUCUUAUUAUGGGUUCAACUUGGAUGUGGAGGAGCCCAUGGUCUUUCAAGAGGAUGGAGUUAGCUUUGGACAGAGUGUGGCCCAGUUUGGCAGAUCGAGACUCGUGGUGGGAGCCCCCCUGGAGGUGGUGGCGGUCAACCGGACAGGACGGUUGUAUGACUGUGCAGCUGCCACUGGCCUAUGUCAACCUAUAUCACUGCACACACCACCAGAGGCCGUGAACAUGUCCCUAGGCCUGUCCCUGGCAGCCUCCAACAAUCGCUCCUGGCUGCUGGCCUGCGGCCCAACCAUGCACAGAGCCUGUGGGGAGAAUAUGUAUGCAGAAGGCUUUUGCUUCCUGUUGGGCUCCCACCUGCAGACCAUUCGGACAGUGCCUGCUGCCCUGCCAAAGUGUCCAAGUCAAGAGAUGGACAUUGUCUUCCUGAUUGAUGGCUCUGGAAGUAUUGACCAAAGGGACUUUAAGCAGAUGAAGGACUUUGUCAUAGCUGUGAUGGGACAGUUUGAGGGCACCAACACACUGUUCUCACUCAUGCAGUACUCCAACCAUCUGGAGAUCCACUUCACCUUCACUAAAUUCCAGAGAAGCUCAAGCCCUCAGAGCCUCGUGGAUCCCAUCAGACAACUGAAAGGCCUGACUUUUACAGCCACAGGCAUCCUGAAAGUAGUGAAAGAACUGUUUCAUAGUAGGAAUGGUGCCCGUGAAAGUGCCAAGAAGAUUCUCAUUGUCAUCACAGAUGGGCAGAAAUACAAAGACCCCCUGGAAUACAGUGAUGUCAUGCCCCUGGCAGAGAAAGCUGGCAUCAUUCGCUAUGCCAUUGGGGUGGGAGAUGCUUUCCAGGAACCCACUGCCAGGGAGGAGCUGAACACCAUUGGCUCAGUGCCCUCUCAGGAUCACGUGUUCAAGGUGGACAACUUUGCAGCACUCAGCAGCAUCCAGAAGCAGCUGCAGGAGAAGAUCUUUGCAGUGGAGGGAACCCAGUCGAGGACAAGUAGCUCCUUCCAGCAUGAGAUGUCACAAGAAGGCAUCAGUUCAGUGCUCACCAUGGAUGGACCAGUUCUGGGGGCUGUGGGGAGCUUCAGCUGGUCUGGAGGUGCCUUCCUAUACCCCCAAAAUAUGAGCCCCACUUUCAUCAGUGUGUCUCAAGAGAACGUGGACAUGAGGGACUCUUACCUGGGUUACUCCACCGAGCUGGCCUUUUGGAAGGGGGUGAAGAGCCUGAUCCUGGGGGCUCCCCGCCAUCAGCAUACUGGGAAGGUUGUCCUCUUCACCCAGGAGUCCGGACAAUGGAAGCCAAAGGCUGAAGUUGCAGGGACCCAGAUUGGCUCCUACUUUGGGGCCUCCCUCUGUACUGUGGAUGUGGAUAGAGAUGGUAGCUCUGACCUUGUCCUCAUUGGGGCUCCACACUACUACAAGCUGACGUGGGGGGGCCAGGUGUCCGUGUGCCACUUGCCCCAGGGGAGGGCUAGGUGGCAGUGUGAGAUCAUUCUCUGUGGGGAGCAGGGCCACCCCUGGGGCCGCUUUGGGGCAGCCUUGACAGUGCUGGGGGAUGCGAAUGGGGACAAACUGACAGACGUCGCCAUCGGUGCCCCAGGAGAGCAAGAAAACCGGGGUGCUGUCUACCUAUUUCAUGGAACCUCAGAACUGGGCAUCAGGCCCUCCCACAGCCAGCGGAUUGCAAGCUCCCAGCUCUCUCCCACACUCCAGUAUUUCGGACAGUCGCUGAGUGGGGGUCAGGACCUCACCCAGGAUGGACUAGUGGACCUGGCUGUGGGGGCCCGGGGACAGGUGCUGCUGCUCAGGAGUCAGCCAGUGCUGAAUGUGGGGGUGACUAUGAGAUUCAUGCCCUCAGAGGUGGCAAAGGCUGUGUACCAGUGCUGGGAAGAGGUGCCCACCACUCUGGAAGCUGGAAAUGCCACAGUCUGUCUCACUAUCCGCAAAAGUUCACUGGACCACUUAGGUGAUGUCCAAAGCUCUGUCAGGUAUGAUCUGGCAUUAGACCCAAGCCGCCUGAUUUCUCGUGCCAUUUUUGAUGAGACCAAGAACAGGACUUUGUCUCGAAGAAAAACCCUGGGGCUGGGGGAUUACUGUGAAACCAUUAAGCUGCUUUUACCAGACUGUGUGGAGGACGUGUUGAGUCCCAUCAUCCUACAUUUCAACUUCUCCCUGGCUGGGGAGCCCAUCCCCUCAUCUCAGAACCUUCGCCCUGUGCUGGCUGUGGGCUCACAGGACCUCUUCAAUGCUUCUCUCCCCUUUGAGAAGAACUGUGGACAAGAUCACCUCUGUGAAGGAGACCUGAGUGUCAGUCUCAUCUCCUCAGGCCUGCAGACCCUGGUGGUAGGGAGCUCCUUGGAGCUUAAUGUGACAGUGACUCUGUGGAAUGAAGGUGAGGAUUCCUAUGGAACUGUGAUCAACUUCUACUAUCCAGCAGGGCUGUCCUAUCGACGAGUGUUAGGAACCCAGCAACCACACCAGCGCCCACUGCGACUGGAAUGUGAGGCAGCGCCCACAGGGAAUGAGAGCCUGAGGAGCAGCAACUGUAGCAUCAACCAUCCCAUCUUCCACGAGGGCACUAAGGGCACCUUCCUAAUCACAUUUGAUGUCUCCUACAAGGCCACCCUAGGAGACAAGUUGUUUCUGAGGGCCAAUGUAAGCAGUGAGAAUAAUAAGCCUACAUCUAGCAAGACCACCUUCCAGCUGGAGCUCCCUGUGAAAUAUGCUGUCUACAUGGUGAUCAGCAGGCAGGAAGAAUCUACCAAGUACUUCAACUUUUCAACUUCUGGUGAGAAGAGCAAGAAAGAAGCUGAGCAUCGUUAUCGUGUGAAUAACCUGAGUCAGCGAGAUCUGGCCAUCAGCAUUCAUUUCUGGGUUCCUAUCCUGCUGAAUGGUGUGGCUGUGUGGGAUGUGGCUGUUGUGGCCCCUUCACAGAGUCUCCCCUGCGUGUCAGAGAGGGAACCUCCCCAGCAUCCUGAAUUCCUGACCCAGAUUCCAGGGAGUCUUGUACUGAACUGCUCCAUUGCUGAUUGCCUGAGGUUCCGCUGUGACCUGCCCUCCUUUGGCAUCCAGGAGGAAGUUGAAUUCAUCCUGAAGGGCAACCUCAGCUUUGACUGGGUCAGCCAGACAUUGCAGAAGAAGGUAUUGAUUGUAAGUGUGGCUGAAAUCACGUUCAACAGGUCCAUGUAUUCCCAGCUUCCAGGACAAGAGGCAUUCUUGAGUGCUCAGAUGGAGAUGGUACUAGAGAAGUAUGAGGUCUACAACUCCAUCCCCAUUAUUAUGGGCAGCUCUUUGGGAGGACUGCUGCUGCUGGCUCUCAUCACAGCCAUCCUCUACAAGCUUGGCUUCUUCAAACGUCAGUACAAAGAAAUGCUGGAUAACAAACCUGACGACACUGCCACAUUCAGUGGGGAAGAUGUCCAAUGUGAGGCCUCAAAUUUGCCUUUGUCCUAAUAAUUCACUUUUCUGUUUGUAUCUACCCCUAUUGGCUGGGCUUGACUUUGCCUACAAAUCUAUUUCCAUGGGAAUAACUUCUGUAUAGAUAUGUACUGGACUGAGCAACUUACCAGGUGCUAAGCCACUUUCUCAAGGUAUUUGAAAGGUUUUUAUAUUUUAACAUAUUUGUCAGAGUUCUUCAGUGAUGACUCACUUUUUACAAAAGCAAGCAUUAUGUCAGCAUAAAUUUUCAUAUAUAAGAAUUGCCAUAUUAAAUAAAGAUGUUUAUAAAACAUUCUUCUUUAAUCAAAGAGCUUUAAUUUAGGGACCUGAGUGCUAUUCUAGGAAGAGUUGAGGGACCCUGCUUGUGGGCCUAGAAAACAUUCACUCACUUUUUCAGGUGAUUGAGGCCUGAGAUAAUCUUUUUUUUAAUGGCACUAUAUAUGUAGCAUCAGGGGAGUAGCCAAAGGAAGAACUCAAUGUGUCUGUUUCUCAUGGGUUUCAGCACAGGCUUCAGGCUCUUUGGUAAUGUCAAGUGAGCAGACUGUCCUAAGAGGUGAGUGAAAUUCCCUGAACUUGUUUGAACCGAUCUCUCCCUUGAAUGAGAUCCCCAGAGGCUAGGAGAGCCAGGCUUCCAGAAAGGAGCAUAUGAUUUCCCAAACUAAUACAGAAGACUCAUUAAGGGUGGUCAUAGAGAAUAGCUAAAAUAUUCCAAAUCCAAAACUACGUCAUGAAGACUCACAGAUAGGGCUGUAGUUCCUCUGUUUGAAAUCAGGGUUGUUUCCAAAAACCAGAAUUCACAAAAGCUGUGAAUAUAUGUCAAGAGACAAGUGGUACUUCAGAGUCUGCAGCCCUUAGUUUCCAGGGACCUCUGAGGAGGGCCCUUAUUUAAGUCUUUUAAUAUCUGAGAAUCUCAUUUCCUCCUCUGGAGAAGGGGAACCAAAAUUAUAUCUUGUUCCCAGAGUUACUGUGAGGUUAGUGUUAUGUGAAAGACCUUUACAGGCUAUAGCCCUAAUUAUCAAUAGGUGAGAGAAAAGGAGGAUGGAGAUCUCCUACCUAGUCAUCAAGGAUGUUCCCUGGAGCACCUCCCAAAUCAUGGCCUUGGGAAGAGCAUGUAGA